CUGCUCGGCGCCGCGGUGGACACGUGCGUAGUCGGGCUGACACACGGAGCCUUUUCUGGAGGUCCGACGCGGCCAGGCCCCUCAGGUGGGGUGAUUGUGGACUGAGACGCUUUCGGGCCGAGAGUAUGUAAUCGCCUUGUGUCGGUGCAGAGAACUGUGCUUCGUUGAGGAAAGAGGAGAUCUCGACUCGUUCUCCGGCUACUCGCCAGGCGAGUUUCGCGGCGGCGGCGGCACCAGGGUUGCGCCCGCCCGCGGGGAGGUCGCUACAUCCAGCCGGGGAAGCUGCGAGAGAGCGUGCGCCGGGCAGCAGUAGUCUGCGGAGGUGAGGGAGAGUUAGACCGAUCCCCGUGGCGCGAGGGAGCGGGCUGGGAGCCCGGGAGGAGGCUAGCGGCGGCCGCGAACGAUCGGAGCGCGCCCCCCGCCCGCCCCAGCGGCGCAACGCCCGGCAGCGUCUGGACGUCAUGGAGAAGGACGGCCUGAGUCGAGCGGACCAGCAGUAUGAGUGCGUGGCGGAGAUCGGGGAGGGCGCCUAUGGAAAGGUGUUCAAGGCCCGGGACCUGAAGAACGGAGGCCGUUUCGUGGCGCUGAAACGCGUGCGGGUGCAGACCGGCGAGGAGGGCAUGCCGCUCUCCACCAUCCGCGAGGUGGCGGUGCUGAGGCACCUGGAGACCUUCGAGCACCCCAAUGUGGUCAGGUUGUUUGAUGUGUGCACAGUGUCACGCACAGACAGAGAGACCAAACUAACAUUAGUGUUUGAACAUGUUGAUCAAGACUUGACAACUUAUUUGGAUAAAGUUCCAGAGCCUGGAGUGCCCACUGAAACCAUAAAGGAUAUGAUGUUUCAGCUUCUCCGAGGUCUGGACUUUCUUCAUUCUCAUCGAGUAGUACAUCGUGAUCUAAAACCACAGAAUAUUCUGGUGACCAGCAGUGGACAAAUAAAACUGGCUGACUUUGGCCUUGCCCGAAUCUACAGUUUUCAGAUGGCUCUUACCUCAGUGGUCGUCACGCUGUGGUACAGAGCACCAGAAGUCUUGCUUCAGUCCAGCUAUGCCACCCCGGUGGAUCUCUGGAGUGUUGGCUGCAUAUUUGCAGAAAUGUUUCGUAGAAAGCCUCUCUUUCGCGGAAGUUCAGAUGUUGAUCAACUAGGGAAAAUCUUGGAUGUGAUUGGACUUCCAGGAGAAGAGGACUGGCCCAGAGAUGUUGCCCUUCCCAGAGAGGCUUUUCAUUCCAGAUCUCCUCAGCCAAUUGAGAACUUUGUGGCAGAUAUUGAUGAGCUAGGCAAAGACCUACUUCUGAAAUGCUUGACAUUUAAUCCUGCCAAAAGAAUAUCUGCCUAUGGUGCCCUGUCUCACCCAUACUUCCAUGACCUGGAGAGGUUCAAGGAGAACCUGGAUUCCCAUCUGCCACCCAGCCAGAACAGCUCGGAAAUUAAUACAGCCUGAGGUCUCAGCCACUGCCUUGAGCUGAUCAUCCCGAGAACCCCCUUGGUGGCUGUUGGGUCCCCCUGAGUAAGCCCUUCAGAGCUGUUGCGGAUCACUGGCUGGAAACUUCUAGCUGCCGUCUUCUGGGUGGGCUUUGCUUCUUCAAAGAAA